AUGGCUACUGCCACUCUUUCUUUGCUUGCCACCGAUAAAUUGACUGGCGAAAAUUACGCUAGUUGGAAAAACACCAUUAACAUGAUAUUGAUCAUCGAGGAUCUUAGGUUCGUUCUUAUGGAGGAGUGUCCUCUUAUUCCACCUCCUACUGCUGCUCAAAAUAUUCGAGAGGCGUACGAGCAUUGGACACAGGAUAAUGAAAAGCUCAGGCAUGACACUCUUAAGUACAUCUUCAACUCACGCAUGAAGGAAGGAGCAUAUGUUCAGGAACAUGUUCUCAACAUGAUUGUCCACUUCAAUGUGGCAUAG